UAUUGAUCAACAACAACGACGAAAAGAUUCAUUCAUUGAACAUUCUAAUAAUCAUUCGUCAUAUUCAAUUCGUAACAACAUUAUAUUUCGUACAUUUCGUGAUAAUCAUUUACGUUUAUUAUUACCGAUGGCAUUUUUUAUUGGUUUUGAACAAGGAUUUUUUAUGGCCGAUUAUAAUAAGCUUUAUGUAAGCUGUGCCUUAGGUUUAAAAUCAAUCGGUUCAAUCAUGUUGAUUCGUGGAUUAAUUCAUUUGGGUUCAACAUUAUUAAUUCUUGAAUUUAUUCAUCAUAUACAACGACCAAUAAUUCUAUUAGCUGGUACUGUUUGUCAAUUAUCAGUAUUAACAAUACUUUAUUUAUGGCAUCCAAAUGAUGAUAUACCAUUAUAUUAUGUAAUUACAAUUACAUAUUCAUUAGCCAAUGCUAUUAUGGAAACAUUAUUAUUAACAAAUGUUUUACGAACAUUUUGUCCGGAUGAAUGGAAAUAUUCAUUUCUUACCAUAUAUUCAAUGAAUAAUUUAGGUUUAGCAAUUGCAUUUGCAAUAAGUGAAUUUAUUUGUCUUUAUAUAAAAAUCUAUUCAUUAAUAAUCAUAUUGAUUUUUGCCUGUAUACCAAUGCAAUUAUGUGAAUUACGUUUGAUGAAAUUUGAAAAAAUUCUUGGCCCCGGUUCACAAUCACAAUUAUGACUAUUAAUGGCCAACGAUAAUGAUGAUGUUAAUGAUGAUGAUUUUGAUCAACAAACACCC